CAUCCCUACAUCCACUUCUUAUUGGAAAAUUUGUGCACACAUCGUUUUGGCUGCGUUUGUGAUUAACCGACGAUUUAAUUAAGACUAUAUUAACUAGAUUAAUUGCGAUUAAAAUCGGUGCUGAAACCAACGACUCGAAAAGGCAAAUACAAUACAGCGACGACAGACAACGAAAACUUAAGGCACAAGCGAAAAGCAGCAGAGUGGGAGUGGCAAGUGGGACUUGGUUGGCGGCGCGCAUUUCUUAUUGGGCAGCAGUCUUGUGGUGAAUGUGGUGGCGUUGGGGCUGGCUGUGCCUGAAAAUGAUCUACAAACUAUUUUGCUGCACUAUAAGUCUGGUCUUCUUCUGCUUCAAUGUGCUUUGGUUCUUCUGCAAUUUGGCCAUUCCGUGGUGCACUCUGACCCUGGUGGCUAUUUGCGUGGCAUCGAAGUUUGUGAAGCUGCAGCGCAGCCCAAAUGAGAAGCGUUUGCUGAGUUUGCUCAACACGCCGAACGACUGGCCCAAUUACUGGCCCAUUGCGAACCGGGGCGCCGGCUACGAUGCGCCCGAGAAUUCGCAGGCAGCUGUCAAAAAGUGUCUGGCACGUGGUUAUCGUAAUGUCCUGCUGGAUGCCGGCAUUACGGCCUGCAGCGAAAUAGUUAUUGCCAAUCGGCUGACUGUGGAGCGAGCCGGCCUCACGGGCAACCUAUCACAUCACACACUCCAUGAGCUGCAGCAGCUGAGCAUUACGGAGCAGCAUCCUCUGGGCUCGCAGUAUGAUAGGGAGUCGGUGGCCACGUUGAAGCAAUUGGCGGACUUUCUGGAGGAGCAGAACAUACCGCCCACCUUAUUCCUGCAUUUGCAGGACACCAGUGCACUUAUGAUUGAUCAGCUGCAAAAGUUUAUGGCUGCAAAUGAGACGUUUACACAGAGAACCGUUGUGAUCAGUCGAUCGCCCUUGGCCAUUUAUCAGCUGCGUAAAUUGAGGCCGGAAAUAAUUUGCGGUCUUUGGCACGAGAGCUAUUUAUCGCUGUCCAUCCUCAAAUCGUCAACGCUUAUUACCUCAAUUUACGGUGCAAUUUUGCGAAAUAUAAUUGCGCCUGUAAUUGGCAUUAGUGUUGUUUUUCUCAACAAGGAAGAGUUCAAUUUACACAUAGGCGAUCUGUGGCGCAAUGUGGGCGUACGUCCAAUUGUGUACAUGGUUAAUUCGCCCAACGAGAAGCGCUAUUUUCAGAAGACAAUGAAAACACAAUACCUCACGGACUCUUUGCGCUCCGAACCGCAUCUCUUGAUGAAAGCCUAGAAAAUAAAAAACGAAGCAAAUCAAAUCUGAAGUUGAAAGCAAAAAACAUGCGCGCACAAAACACACACAAAUCAUUUGCA